AUGUCCUACCCAGAAAAAUUUGAAGGUAUUGCUGUCUUGGAUCACAAAGAUUGGAAACAUCCAAAAAAAGUUCAAUUCGAACCAAAAACAUUCUACGACAAUGAUAUCGAUAUCAAAAUCGAGGCUUGUGGUGUUUGUGGGUCCGAUGUUCAUAUGGCUUCAGGUAACUGGGGUGAUGUAAAGAAACCAUUAGUUGUAGGUCAUGAAAUUGUAGGUACUGUCGUCAAAGUUGGUUCCAAGUGUACUUCCGGUAUGAAAGUAGGUGACCGCGUUGGUGUUGGUGCUCAAGUUCACUCUUGCUUGACUUGUGACCGUUGUAAUAACGAUAACGAACAAUACUGUCCAAAUGUUGUUUUCACAUACGGUUUUGACUACCCAGAUGGCUACAACGGUAAAGGUGGUUACGCAAAUUAUAUCAGAGUCCACGAGCACUUUGCAGUUCCAAUUCCUGAAAAUAUUCCAACUCAUUUAGCCGCCCCAUUAUUAUGUGGUGGUAUUACCGUCUACUCUCCAUUAUUAAGAAAUGGCUGUGGUCCAGGUAAAAAAGUCGGUAUUCUAGGUAUUGGUGGUAUCGGUCACAUGGGUAUCAUAUUCGCUAAAUCCAUGGGUGCCGAAGUCUACGCAAUUUCUCGUUCUGAUGCCAAGAAAGAAGAUGCAUUUAAAUUAGGUGCUGAUCAUUUCAUUGCAACUAAAGACGAACCAGAUUGGGGUAAGAAAUAUUUCGAUACCCUUGAUUUAAUAGUCAUCUGUGCAGGUUCACUAAAGGAUGUCGACUUCGACAACCUUCCAAAAGCUAUGACUGUCGGCGGUAAAGUUGUCUCCAUUUCCAUCCCAGAAGCCUCAGAAAAAUUAGAAUUCAGUGCUUUCGGUUUAGCUGGUAUUUCUAUUGGUAAUUCAUCUUUAGGCUCUAUGGUUGAAUUAAAACAGUUACUAAAACUUGUUUCUGAGCAAGACUUACGUGUUUGGGUUGAAACUGUCCCAAUUAGUGAAGAUGGUGUCCGUCAAGUUUUCGAAAGAAUGGAAAAGGGUGAUGUUAGAUAUAGGUUUGCUCUAACUGAUUUUGACAGAGAGUUCACCAACUAA